GACACCAGGUCUCAGUUCAUUCUAUCAGUCCUUCAACGACAUGCCUGGGAGCCAACUCUCCAAACAUAAAAGGGGCUUGAAAUCCGCUCACAAGGUCAACCUUUCGAUAGACACUGCAACAACACCAUCUUCUGUCAUUGCCUUCCUACUACAUCUACUUCUUUUACUACCAACCACCUAUCCAGCUCUCCUCCUCAUCAGCCAAAAUGCCUAUCGUUGCGAUUGCCCACGUCAUUGAGAUCAUCAUGUUUGCCGGCGUCUUUGCAGGCACUAUCUCAGAUUAUUGCAAAAAGCACCCUGGAAAGGGUUGUGUCAACAAGCGCGAUCUCAUGACGGAGCUUGCGUCUGCUCCUAUCCUGAACGUCCGUCAAGACGUAGGCCCUUGCAAUGUCCCAAGAUACAACUUCGACAUCUGCAACGGCCAGCUCCACGAUCAGGCCAACAGGGGAAUCAAGGUUCAAACCUCGAUUCCCUCCCCUGGUGUGGGCAAAUUUGACAAUGUGCCGCCGGCCUGCAUGAACCUUGCUGUGGCCUUGUCGGGCUCCUGCACUGGCGAAGGCCCUCACCCAACUCCUUGCGGCUCAGCCUGCCUGCAGUAUUCCGGACUCUCGGACGACCAGUUCCGCCAGCUCUCCAGCUACCUCCAGAGCUAAGGCAGCUGUCUGGUCCAAGAAACACUUCUGAGUGUCUGUCCAUAAGGCCGUCUGUCUUAAACUGGCCCCUUAAGAUGUGCGUGCUCUUGUGGUGGUUGGGCCUCUUGAGUGCUGAGAAAACCCGUCCUGGCCACUUCCCAAAGUUUUGGCUUGGAACGCGCGUAUUCUUCAAUGCUUCUCUUUGGCCUUGGUUAUCAUGGUCAAAGGGAAACAGUCCUUUUCUAUCUUGUCAAAACAGCUGAUUUUGUUUUUCCUUUUUACAUUCUUUUGUCAUACUUGAAUUUCGAUUUAGUGUAGCUGCCUAAAAAAGUCUAGAUUAGAAUUUACUUCGCCUCAUCAAAA